AUGGACUGCACAUUUAGUUUACUCCCUUGUUUAGCUACCCUAAUAAUCUUAUUAGCCGUUUUUGUCAAGCUCUUUAUCAACUUGAAGAAAAACUCCUCAAAAUCUCAUCCACCAGGCCCGCCGGGCUGGCCGUUGUUGGGCAACAUCUUUGAUCUCGGCGAGGUUCCCCACCAGACAUUCCACAAGCUCCAGGUCCGUUACGGCCCGGUCAUGCACCUUAGGCUCGGCUCCGUUAACACCGUCGUGGUACAAUCAUCCGAAGCAGCCGCCGAGCUCUUCAAGAAGCGCGAUCUCCAAUUUGCCGACCGGAAGGCGCCCGACUCGCUCACGGCCUUAGGGUACAACCGGGGAUCCGUGGCCAUGGGAGCCUACGGCGAAUACUGGCGGAAGGUUAGCCGUAUUUGCAACGUGCAAUUUCUUGUCCAGAAGCGAGUAAACGAGUCGGCUGCCGUUAGACAAAAAGGCGUGGAUGAAAUGAUCGAGUGGAUCAAGCGCGACGUGGCGAAAUCCAAGGAGAAUGGAGCAUCGGGAGAGGUUCGACUGGAUCGGUUCCUUUUCGUGUCCGCUUUUAAUACCGUCGGGAAUAUUGUGCUGUCCGGGGACGUUAUGGGCACGAGGCUCGACCGAGCGAGUGAUUUUUUCGACAACUUUUUGAUGUUUCUGGAGUGGUUAGGAAAGCCUAACGUGGCCGAUUUUUUCCCCUUUUUGAAGUGGAUCGAUCCGCAAGGGAUUAGGAGGAACACGGCCAAGUAUUUGGGAAGGUUGAUAUCAUUUGCUUCCGGGAUUGUGGAGGAUAGGAUUCGGGAGAGGGAAUCGGGAAUCGGAAAGGAAAGGGAAGAUUUGUUAGACGUGUUGCUUGACGAAGGUGAAGUUGACGAGGAUGGGCUCGAUAUGCUUUCAGCAAAGAACAUUGCAAUUGUCAUAUUGGAAAUGUUUUUCGGUGGAACAGAGACGACGAGCACCACCAUCGAGUGGGGAAUGGCUGAGUUACUCCGCCACCAGAGCUCGAUGAAAAAGAUCCAAGACGAGAUCGACCAGGUCGUGGGGCGUACCCGCAAAGUCCAAGAGGAUGACUUGACCCGAAUGCCUUAUUUGCAGGCAACCGUAAAGGAAAUAUUACGGCUACACCCUGCUCUGCAAAUGCUGCUUCCGAGGAACUCGAUGGAGGACACGGAGCUAAUGGGCUACUUUGUGCCCAAGAACACACAACUACUUGUUAACGCGUGGGCGAUCCAUAGGGACCCGGCAGCUUGGCCCGACCCGUUGUCGUUUAAACCGGAGAGGUUUUUGGAGUCUGACGUGGAUUUCAGGGGCCAGCAUUUUCAGAUGAUCCCGUUUGGAUCGGGCCGAAGGAGCUGCUUGGGCAUGACUUUGGGUCACAAGAUGGUGAGCCUCAGCCUGGCUAGUUUGCUGCAGACGUUCGACUGGAAGCUUGCGGAUGGGCUCAGGCCUGAAGAGGUGGACAUGAGGGAAAUGGUGGGCUUGACCUUGCGCAAGAAAGUGCCCUUGAAAGUGAUUCCCUGUGUACGGGAUCGGAGGUAUCGCAAACAGCGGAUUCUUUUUUCCGAGUGUCAACCCCAGCUUCUCCUCCCUGUCAAUAUCCUUGGGCCUGACGCCAGGCCAAAGAUCCCAGUCGAACAACUGAACCAGACUCGCGAUCGCCAGGUGGACCAUCCGGUGGACCAGCAGAAGCCCCACGGCCCGACCCAAAUGGGAUCAGCUCAAAAUGCUGGCCCUUGUACUGGAUAUCGGAUCCGAUGA